UUGUUCAUGACAUUGGUGUUUGAGUCCUAACAACCUCUUCCCCCUCUCUACCAUGUUCAAAAAGAACAAGAACAAUACAGAAGAAAGUUUCCUUCAACUCUUAGUACUUACAGAUGAUUUUUUGAGCGUUGGAGAUUCUUAGUACUAAAAAGACGAUUUGAGUGUUCCCAUUAUAUUCCAAUUGCUCCCUAUUCAAUGCUUUUGCAGGUACUCUUUGAUGCCAUUGUAGGGGAGGCGUAGCAAUUUGAUGAUUUUUGUGAAUGUCGUAGAUUGUUUUAUGACUUUGGCAUAUCUUUUUGUGUUGUAUUAUUGGGUACAAUUACAAUUUCAAAAUUAUCAACUUUUGCAGAAAUUAAUGAUUUAAUUUUGAGAUUUGGGAAGAGUAGUUGAAACAGGGAGGUUUGAGUUCAGUUUCUGAUGAGGGAGGAUAAGCCUGAUGGAAGUUUUAUUUUGUCAUUUUACUCAGAAUUGUGAGAGUUGGAACUUGUUUAUUUCUUCUCCUCUAUGAACAAGGCCAAAUUGGUCAAAUUUGAGACCAAUCAUCAAAAUUUCGACCGAUUUUAUGCAGGAGCUCGAGCAUAACCAGUUUGAUCUGGUCUUAGCAGUUUGAUCUGGAUUAAGCAAGUGACACCAACCAAAGCAACUUUAAUUUUUUAUUCUUUCAUCCUUGGCUUGCUACUUUGACUUGGUCCCUGGAAUAAUUAAUUGUAAGUAUGCUGUCAAGAUACGACUUUUUUCUGAUCUAUAUCAUAUUGAUUAGGACACCAAACAACGAAAACAAUAAAAAAAAUCUGUACACACAUGCAACAGGGAGUCGUUGAAUUCAUCCGCAAGCUGUAAGAACCUCACUCAAGGACCUCUAACCAUAACUCUAAACAGAGGUUCUUCAUCUGCAAGCUAUAUGGCACAACCAAGCUAUUAUUUACCCAUAGCUAAUCCUGUUUGGGUCAUAGGUCCUCAGUAUUGCCUUCCUUAUCCUGUUGAUCUUGACAUCGUCAGAAAGGUCUUGACCAUAACAGAUAGUAAUUUUACCAUUACAGAUAUGAACGAUAACAUUCUGUUUAAAGUUAAAGGCCGCAUAUUAGCCCUUCAUGAUCGAUGCACCUUACUGGAUCCUGCUGGAAAUCCUAUUGUUACUUUACAGCAGAAGAUAAUGACUAUGCAUAACAGAUGGCAAGUGUUUAGGGAGGAGAGCAAAGACCCUGCGGAUCUGAUCUUUAGUGUUAAAAGAUCUUCGGUCUUCCAACUCAAGACCAAAUUAAACGUGUACUUAGCAAACAACACAGCCGAGGAGGUUCGUGAUUUCAGGGUUGAGGGAAGCUUGUUCCAGAGGUCCUGUGUCAUUUAUGCUGGCGAAUCAUCCACCAUUGUCGCUCAAAUGCACCAGAAAUACACCGCUGGAAGCAUCUUGUUUGGGAAGGAUAGGUUCACGGUGACGGUGUAUCCUCAUAUUGAUUAUGCAUUCAUUGCGGCUCUUAUUGUUAUUCUUGGUGAUAUUAACAAAGAGGAGGAUGAUGCUUAUUGGUAUGCUUGAUGAUAUUAACAAAGAGGAUGAUGAUUGCCUAGUUGACUUUUGUCGCAAGAAUUUGCCCCGUCAUGUUGUUAUGUAUUUUUUUAUGGCUUUGUAAUUUUUGUGAAUGUUAUUAAUGAGUCGUUUUUCAUUUUAAAAUUAAUAUAAAAAUCAAGAGAAAAUAUCAUUUUACUUAUUAAA